GCCGGAUUAUUAUCACGCCUCGUCGGAAAAUCUAGAACAUCAACCCACAUCACAUCUAAAUCAUCUUACUUUAUCAACCUGCGACAUCCGCCCAUAGCCCAGGACCGAGUCUUCAUCCAUCCUCUCUCUUCAUCCUCCUCGAAAUCGCGUCUCUCCAGUCGCAAAGGCACCCGAAUCCCACAAAGCUGGCGAAAAGGAAUUCCAAAUCCAGCGGAAGAAGAGGAAAAAAGAUGGGCAACGACACCUCCUACCCAUCCUCCCCCAACAAUUUCCCGCCACCAGCGCUCUCGAGUCCGACCCUCCCCGCCGUCGCGAAAUACAUAACCUCGGGCCGCGCCAAGAGGAUCCUCGUGCUCGCCGGUGCGGGCAUCAGCACGAGCGCGGGGAUCCCCGAUUUCCGCUCCCCGGGGACGGGACUGUACGCGAACCUCGCGAGGCUGAAUCUUCCCUACGCCGAAGCCGUGUUCGACCUGGGGUAUUUCCGCAAAGACCCCGUGCCGUUCUGGACGUUGGCGAGGGAGUUAUUCUAUCCUGAAGAGGAGGAGGAAGAUGAAGAUGAAGAAGCAGACGCAACAGCAUCGACAUCACUUCCCACUCGAGAUCCACCAUCCACCACACGACCAACGAACCCAAAACCCAAAACCCGCUUCCGCCCCACCCUCACCCACUCCUUCCUGCACCUCCUCAGCCGCAAGAACCUGCUCUCGCAGGUGAUAACGCAGAACAUCGACGGGCUGGAGCGGGCGGCGGGGGUGCCGGAACCGCUGCUCGUCGAAGCGCACGGGACGUUCGCCACGCAGCGGUGCAUCGAAUGCAAGGCGCCGCAGUCCGCGGCGGAGAUGCACGCCGCGCUGCGGAGGGACGCCAUCCCGCGCUGUUCCUCUCCUUCUCCUUCCUCCCCUUCUCCUCCGGAUGCGCCCCCGUGCGGCGGCCUGGUGAAGCCGGACAUCACCUUCUUCGGCGAGGGUCUGCCGGGGGGGUUCUUCGCGGCGCGGGAGCGCGUGCGCGACGCGGACCUGGCCCUCGUGAUGGGCACGAGCCUGACGGUGUACCCGUUCGCGAGUCUGCCCGGCCUCGUGGGCCGCGACGUGCCCCGGGUGCUCAUCAACCGCGACCGCGUGGGGGACUUCGGCGCCGUGCGCGACGACGUCUUGGUCCUGGGCGAGUGCGACGACGGCGUCAGGAGGCUCUGCAGGGAGUGCGGCUGGGAGGAGGAACUCUUGGCCGUGUGGGCGGAGACGGAGGGCAUGGGUGGGAAGGGGGAGACGACGGAAAGGGAGGGGGAGAGGGAGAGGGAGUUGUCGCCGGAUGAGAGGCUCGAGAGGGAGAUCGGGGAGUUGACGAGGGAGGUCGAGAGGACGUUGGAUCUGUCCCGCGGCCUGACGGAGAGGGUGCUACGAGAAGGGGAUGUGGAUGGGAAAAGGGGAGAUACGUCGGGGAGAUCUCCUGUUCCGUCUCCUCCUCCUCCUCCUCCUUCUCAUGACAAUUUGGACCACGUCUUCCUCGGAAGAAGUCGGACGUCCCCCGAUGGGACCCAAAGGGAACCCUCGGGGUAAAGUAUAGGAGGACG